AAGGGUGCGCAAUGUGCACAUCCCAAAUUCGCAAAGUUUAGCUAAACAGGAGGAGAGAAAGCGAGUACAACUCGGUGAUUAUGAAAGACACAAUUGGCACUGAGCUUCUUUUUCAUAAAAAUUGAACCUUUCACGUUCUCGAGAGAAGAGGUUGAAAAGAAAACACAAACAUUCUGAUGCUACUACACAACAGCAAUCAUUUUCAAGUUAUCUUUGUUUCAUGAUCUGAUACCGUUUGAUUUCGACGACGAUGUUGUCGGCUUUAUGUCACACUCUCCAAGACUUCGGUGGCGGAGUUCUUGAUCGAUGCUAUCGCCUUUUUCCUUGUCUAGCUGAUCCUGCUCGGAGAUCGUCGUUGGGAUUGAAAGCGGCGCUGUUGAUGCUGCAUCUGGUAUUUGCCGGCGUACUCUUUCUUUUCGAUAUGGAUUUGAUAGAGAAAACAAAGCAUGAACCAUGGUAUACGGGGUUAUAUUUGUUUUUGUUUGUUGUUACAUUGGUACAAUACUUUGUGACCUCUGGUUCUUCUCCCGGCUAUGUUCUUGAUGCAAUGAGAGAAGUAAACGAGAAAAAUGCUAUAUUUAGAAAGGUAUCCACAUCCUCAAAACAACCUGCAUCAAGUAAAAAUGGAAGCACAGUCAUUACCAUUGAGGGAAGUCCGUCAGGGAGACAUCAUCCAGGAAGUAAUGCAUCAUCUUGGACAAAGCUGGUCCUGGAGAUGUAUCCCCCAGGAACAUCCAUUAGAACUUUGACUUGCUUAUAUUGUCAUGUCGAACAGCCUCCACGGACAAAGCAUUGUCACGAUUGUGACAGGUGUGUUCUUCAGUUUGAUCAUCAUUGUGUUUGGCUCGGAACAUGUGUUGGCCAGAGUAAUCAUUGUCGAUUUUGGUGGUACAUUUGUGAAGAGACAUCAUUGUGCCUCUGGACUGGCAUCUUAUACAUUACAUACUUAAAAGCCAAUAUAUCAAGGGCCUGGUGGAAGGAUGCAAUCAUGAUAGUUUUACUGGUUAUUUUGGCAAUAUCUUUGAUUUUCCUGCUCUUAUUGCUACUUUUUCAUAGCUAUCUUAUUCUAACGAAUCAGACAACCUAUGAACUUGUAAGACGGAGACGCAUCUUCUAUUUAAGGGGGAUUCCUGAACGGGUGUAUCCCUUCAGUAAAGGACUUUGCAGAAAUCUGUACGAGUUCUGUUGUGCAAGGAGCAACAUAACUAAUUUGGAAAGGUUGCCCACAACACUGGAACUUGAAGAAAGGUCAAGACCCUACUCAUGCUUCGAUUUUUUAACGUGUCGUUGCUGCUGAUUUUGUGGGGCAUUGUAUCAUUGACUUCACUGUUUUCCCGUUGAAUUAACAGCUGUUUUUGUCUAAAAAGCAUGGCUGUACUUUUACUAAAUGGCAUUGCAAUAGGUAUAGUUAAAGCUGUCUGUGGGGUACUUGGUUUUGUAGUGGAGGCUCGAGUUGCCAUUUGCCAAUUGGCGAUUACGCAGUUCACACGGUUGUACUAAAUGAUGUGAUGUGAUGUAGUAUUAAUAACAGUAUCUAUUUGUUCAA